AUGGCACACCGUCCGCGCAAACCAGUCGAACCUUCUCCUUUCAAGUGGCCACGGGAUAUAGUUGACAGCUUCGUACGAGAACAGUUGGAUAUCUUAAACAGGAAGUGGAACGCAAAAGGUGGCGACGUAGAUAAGCUCAAGGCUGUAUUCGAGGGUUACGAGGCCUACAACAACGACAAAUACCCAGACUUAGGUCAAGUUGAGGCUGUCCAAAAGGCGAUUCGCAUGACAACUCGAAAGGUUUAUGGAAAGCAGGAUGCAGAUGCCCACUUUAACAAGCACGCAUAUCCAUACCUCCAUGACAAGAAUUUCCAACCUUCUGCAGACUGGCGUCCGGCUGGUGGUCUUCCGCAAGCUCUAUUGUACAGGGUCCAACAAUACCGACAGGAACAACGCCGCUACGAAGUCGAUCUGGAUAGGUAUCACUACGACGUUGCACGCUAUGAAGCUCGAAGACCGCGCUCUCCAUCCCCAGUCCCGCUACAACCUCUACAAUCUCGUGGAUCAUCACCAUCGAGUGACGCCAAGAGACAAGCGGAUGCAUUUCUGGACGCUUUGGCUGAGGAAUUGCUUGCGCGUCCUUAAAUACUUGGCUCUGGG